GAGAACGUGGAGCUGCUCAUCCAGGAGCUGCGGAGGCCCAAGUACAGCAUCUACUUCAUCUAUUUCAGUAACGUGAUCAGCAAGAGCGACGUCAAGUCCUUGGCUGAGGCUGACGAACAGGAGGUCGUGGCCGAGGUUCAGGAGUUCUACGGCGAUUACAUCGCGGUGAAUCCGCACGUCUUUUCUCUCAACCUCUUGGGCUGCUGCCAGGGGCGCAGCUGGGAUCCGGCUCAGCUGGCCAGGACAACCCAGGGGCUGACGGCUCUGCUGCUCUCUCUGAAGAAAUGCCCCAUGAUUCGCUACCAGCUCUCUUCGGAGUCGGCCAAGAGGCUCGCCGAGUGUGUCAAGCAAGUAAUCACUAAAGAGUACGAGCUGUUUGACUUCCGGCGCACGGAGGUUCCUCCCUUACUUCUCAUUCUGGACCGGUCUGACGAUGCCAUCACCCCGCUUCUGAACCAGUGGACGUACCAGGCGAUGGUGCACGAGUUGCUGGGGAUUAACAACAACCGCAUCGACCUCUCUCGGGUCCCGGGGAUAAGCAAGGAUCUCCGGGAGGUCGUCCUGUCCGCCGAGAACGACGAGUUCUACGCCAACAACAUGUACCUGAACUUCGCGGAGAUUGGCAGCAACAUCAAGAAUCUCAUGGAGGAUUUCCAGAGGAGGAAGCCGAAGGAGCAGCAGAAGCUGGAAUCCAUAGCAGAUAUGAAGGCGUUCGUGGAGAAUUACCCGCAGUUCAAGAAGAUGUCGGGCACGGUGUCGAAGCACGUGACGGUGGUGGGAGAGCUCUCUCGCCUCGUGGGUGAGCGAAACCUGCUGGAGGUGUCGGAAGUGGAGCAGGAGCUGGCCUGCCAGAACGACCACUCCAGCGCUCUCCAGAACGUCCGGCGCCUGCUGCAGAACCGCAAGGUGACGGAUCUGGACGCCGCCCGGCUCGUGAUGCUCUACGCCCUGCACUACGAG